GCCUUUUGAUUUUCUUUUGAGAGGGGCCGAGAACAUGGUCUUAAAUUCUAAACUCUUAAAGACUUAAACCCUCAUGGGAAUUUCAAAUGUACAAAACCCCAACCAUGGCAGCAACACUUUCACCUUCUUCCUCAACCUGUAAUUACCCUCUUCUCAACCCACCAUUCUUCAACGGUCCCUCUUCCAUUUCCCACCAAUUCAUCAACUACCCACUUCACUUAUUUCCUAAAGGUUCAAGAUUGUGCAAAAAAUACAAAAUUAAAGCAGCAGUAAAGGCUAUAAAUGGGGUGAGGGCACUCAAUACGACGUCGUGGGAUGAUAAACCCUUUGAGAUACUACCUAAUGGUAAAAGGGUAUACUUGGAUGAGCUAGAUGUUGCCACUUUUCUUGAUCCUCCUAAAGAACUCAUUCCUCUAGACCCUUCUUCUUAUAAUCCUGCUUCAUAUCUUUGGAAGAAAAUUUCGGAUAUCCCGGAAGAAAGGCGGCAUCGAUUGUUAUACCUCCUGAAUAGUAGACUUGUCUCGGCUGCUUGGGAGAUUGCCGGUGCACGUUAUGAUGAUGCAAAGUUAGCUAAGAUGAGCUCUUCUUAUUUGCUUGCUGGUGAAAAUGAUGCCUUGUCACUUGAAUUCUGGGAUUGUCGUAAAAGUGGAGGACAAAUACCUGUUGGACUAGUCAGUCAUUUGCAGAAGGCUUUAUUUCGCAAAGAUGGAAGACUUUUUGGAAGAAUAUUUGGUUUGUCUUUACUCGCUCGGUUGGCAACAUCUUCAAGGCCACUGUAUUUUACUGUGAAAGAAGCUCGUGAAGUAAUGCCUACGGAGCAACCUUGUGAUUUAGCUUAUGAAUUUGGGGACGGACUCUUGGAUCUUCAAGACUAUCCAGAAGGUUUCCCAAUGCCUGCCAAACAUCCAUCCCCUUUCAAUGAUCAUGUUGUCAUAUAUCUUCGUCAUCUUGGACCUGGGGUUAUGGUUGGACAGGCAUGGCAAGAGGGCCUAGCACUGGAACAAGUACCCAAGAAGUUAUGUGGUGAAAUCCUGAUGGUGAAAGAUUAUUCUGUGUCUAAGACUCUUAAGUAACUAGAUUCAGCAUUCGUGGUUCUCUGAUAGCAAGAGAUUGGUGCUGCUUUUUUGGGAGAAUAGUCACCAGCAAAAGCUGCAGAUCUUUAUGGAGUCAUUUUUUCAUACUCAUUGAGCACGGUGACCAUGUCGGAGUAAGGUUGUGAUGAACGUAGAUCGAAUUAAGAGCUUCAAUCUUGUUUACAUCGUAGUGUAAAUUACAAAGAAAGCCAUGUUAUGCCCUUGCAAGUUGCAAUAAUUUUGUUGCUGUUUCUAACUUGUAAUUGAUUAUAGUCAUCCAGCUUCUAUGUAUUUUCCUUUCUCUAAAGUUUCAUGCUCAAGAUAUAAUGAUUUUCUUCAGGUCA